UCCAUCAGGGCCGAUGACAAUACGGACAAAUACGGCCUUGCAGUGAAAACGACCUUUUGUAGACAUUUGCAGAGCGAACAUCGCGAGAAUCAAGAAAUUCCCAAUCAAAGCUGUGAUAAAGCUGGCUUUGAAGUAGAUAGCAUGUUCAGACCAUAUUCUUUUGCAAUUAGGCAGAAGUUUGCUCUAAUUGAUUGUUCAUGUAAUAUCUAUUACUACGAGUGCGUGCAAGAUGGACCAUAUGUGAAGAGUAAGCCUAAGGGAUGUGUGUCACACAACAAACAGAAAAGAGUUCCAAUUGGUGAACGUGAUGACUUUGGAGACUACACGUAAGU